AUGUCUUUCAAGAGGUUAAAAGGUCAAGGAGGACCUAACCCUUUCUUUAAUCCCCACACCAUUUAUUUCUUCCACCGUCCUGUUCAGAUCAACGGCAAAACCAGCAAGAUUCAUGCUCUACCAACACUCAUCCAUCACAAAGACUUCCAACGAGGUUUACGACCAGAUUUCAACAUCAACGACAUCAAACAUUACGAAGAGUUCCAGACUCACGCUUUUCAACUCAAUAACGCUAGGCAAAACUUUGCCAUUCCGUUUACCCCAAAUUGGCUUUACUAUCCGAUCGACUAUCAAAUGAGCCUCGACGAAGAUCUCAUGUUCUACGGUGAAAGACGACGACUUGCCUCUUACGAAACAAAACCGAUGAAGCAAGAACCUCCAGAACUACAAACUCAAGAAUGCCCGCCGGAAUAUUUUCAAGACGCGCAGCUACCUGAUGACUCUAUGAAUAUAGAUGAAAUCGGCAAGAUGAUCGACAUUGAUGUUAACGACGAUUCUCAGAAAAAUUAUGAAGAGCCAGAAGACGAAUACAUAUGCCCAGACGAUCACUACGGAUGCUGCGAAAAACACAUCAUCGAGUUCGAGAUAGACCACUAA